UUGACCUGCAGGUAUUGGGAGACCCACAGCCAAGAGCCAGGACCCCCUAGAAGUCUAGAAAUGGGGCCAUUGCAAUUUACAGAUGUGGCCAUAGAAUUCUCUCUGGAGGAGUGGCAUUGCCUGGACACUGCACAGCGGAAUUUAUAUAGGGAUGUGAUGUUAGAGAACUACAGAAACCUUGUCUUCCUUGGUAUUGUUGUCUCCAAGCCAGAGCUGAUCACCUGUCUGGAGCAAGGAAAAAAACCUCUGACCAUGAAGAGACAUGAGAUGAUUGCCAAACCCCCAGUUAUUUGUUCUCAUUUUGCCCAAGAACUUUGGCUAGAGCAGAACAUAAAAGAUUCUUUUCAAAAAAUGAUACUGAGAAGAUAUAAAAAAUGUGGACAUGGCAAUUUACAGUUAAAAAAAGGAUGUGAAAGUGUGGAUGAGUGUAAGGUGCACAAAAGAGGUUAUAAUGGGCUUAACCAAUGCUUGACAACUACCCAUUGCAAAAUAUUUCAAUGUGAUAAAUAUGUGAAAGUCUUUCAUCAAUUUUCAAAUUCAAACAGACAAAAGAGAAGACAUACUGUAAAAAAACCUUUGAAACAUAGAGAAUGUGGCAAAUCUUUUAACCAGUCCUCAACGCUUACUACACAUAAGAAAAUUCAUACUGGAGAGAAACCCUACAAAUGUGAAGAAUGUGGCAAAGCCUUUAAGUACUCCUCUACCCUUACUACACAUAAGAUAAUUCAUACUGGAGAGAAAUCCCACAAAUGUGAGGAGUGUGGCAAAGCCUUUAACUGGUCCUCUCAGCUUGCUAUUCAUAAGAUAACUCAUACUGGAGAGCAACCCUACAAAUGUAAAGAAUGCAGCAAAGCUUUUAACCAUCCCACAACCCCUUCUUCACAUAAGAAAACUCAUACUGGAGAGAAACCAUGCAAGUGUGAUAAAUGUGGCAAAGCCUUUAUUUUUUCCUCAACCCUUAGUAAACAUGAGAAGAUUCAUACUGGAGAGAAACCCUACAAAUGUGAAGAAUGUGGCAAAACCUUCAGAUGGUCCUCACACCUUACUACACAUAAGAGAAUUCAUACUGGAGAGAAACCCUACAAAUGUGAAGAAUGUGGCAAAGCCUUCACCUGUUCCUCACAGCUUACUAGGCAUAAGAAAAUUCAUGCUGGAGAGAAACCAUACAAGUGUGAUAAAUGUGGCAAAGCCUUUAUUUUUUCCUCAACCCUUAGUAAACAUGAGAAGAUUCAUACUGGAGCGAAACCCUACAAAUGUGAAGAAUGUGGCAAAGCCUUCAGAUGGUCCUCACACCUAACUACACAUAAGAUAACUCAUACUAGAGAGAAACCCUACAAAUGUGAAGAAUGUGGCAACGGCUUUAAGUAUUCCUCUACCCUUACUAAACAUAAGAUAAUCCAUACUGGAGAGAAAUCCUACAAAUGUGAAGAGUGUGGCAAAGCCUUUAACUGGCCCUCACAGCUUGCUAUUCAUAAGAUAACUCAUACUGGAGAGCAACCCUACAAAUGUAAAGAAUGUGGCAAAGCUUUUAAACAUCCUGCAACCCUUUCUUCACAUAACAAAGCUCAUACUGGAGAGAAACCAUACAAGUGUGAUAAAUGUGGCAAAGCCUUAAUUUCAUCCUCAAACCUUAGUAAACAUGAGAAGAUUCAUACUGGAGAGAAACCCUACAAAUGUGAAGAAUGUGGCAAAGCCUUCACCCAUUCCUCACACCUUACUAGGCAUAAGAAAAUUCAUGCUGGAGAGAAACCAUACAAGUGUUAUAAAUGUGGCACAGCCUUUAUUUUAUCCUCAACCCUUAGUGAACAUGAGAAGAUUCAUACUGGAGAGAAACUCUACAAAUGUGAAAAAUGUGGCAAAGCCUUCAACCAUUUUUCACACCUUACUAUACAUAGGAGAACUCAUACUGGAGAGAAACCCUACAAAUGUGAAGAAUGUGGCAAAGCCUUUACUGCAUCCUCAACUCUAAGUGAAUAUAAGACAAUUCAUACUGGAGAGAAACCUUACAAAUGUGAAGAAUGUGGCAAAGCUUUUAACUGGUGCUCAGACUUCAAUAAACAUAAGAGAAUUCAUAGUGGACAGAAACCAAUACUGUAACAAAGCUUUAUUUAUUUAUUUAUUUAUUUUUGAGAUGGAGUUUCCCUCUUGUUGUCCAGGCUGGAGUGCAAUGGUGCAAUCUUGGCUCACCUUCACCUCCAUCUCCCAGGUUCAAGCAAUUCCCCUGCCACAGCCUUCCUGUGUAGCUAAGAUUACAGGCAUGCGCCACCACACCUGGCUAAUUUUGUAUUUUUAGUACAGAUGGGGUUUCUCCAUGUUGGUUAGGCUAGUCUUCAGCUGCCAACCUCAAGUGAUCCACCCAUCUCAGCCUCCCAAAUUGCCAGGAUUACAGGCACAAGCCACUGCACCAGGCUGACAAACCUCUUUGUAAGGAAGUUCUCAACACUUAUUACACAUAAUUCAUACUGGACAGAAAACCUACAGGUGUGAAGAAUUUGGCAAAGCCUGUAACAAGUUCUCAAUUUUUUUUUUCUUUUUUUGAGAUGCAGUUUCACUAUUGUGACCCAGGCUGGAGUGCAAUGGCAUGAUCUUGGCUCACUGCAACCUUCGUCUCCUGGGUAGCUGGGAUUACAGGUACCCACCACGACACCCAGCUAAUUUUUGUAGUUUUAGUAGAGAUGGGGUUUUGCCAUAUUUGCCAGGCUCGUCUCAAACUCCUGACUUAAGUUGAUCCACCCACCUUGGCCUCCUAAAGUGCUGGGAUUACAGGCAUGAGCCUCCAUUCCUAGCCAUAAGUUCUCAAUUCUUAAGAGACAUGGCAAUAAUUCAUGCUGAAGAGGAACUCUACAAACCUAAAAGAUGUGACAGUGCUGUUCCCAACACCUCCAACGUUUCUAUACAUAAAAAAAAUUAUACUAGUGUGAAACUGUAGAAAAGUAUAAAAUGUGACAAAGCCUUUAUUUGGUUGCCACACUUGAUAAAUAUAAAAAAAUAAAAAAUUGUUUAAAAUUAUUUGUAUAUAGCUUUAAAAGGAGAUUUUUGGAAGCAUUGUAAUUACAUUAAAGGUAUACUUCUUGAAAAAAAGUUUUUCAAAAGUGAAUAAUGAUGUCAUACAGCUUUCAAAUUACUUUAUGCUGUUAUUUUAUUCCUAUUCACAUGUGAAAGCAUAUGAGCAAUUUUUGCUGCAUCAGAGAUACCAGAGAUUCUUUUUUUAUUGGGCACUAUUUAUAACCUUUUCUAUAAAAGUAAGGACACUAAAAUGUAAGAUGCGUGAUGAAAAGAUAAGUGGAGAGGCUCAUUGUAGUUAACCUAUAUUAAGUAAAGUAUAAGCUAGGUGUUCAGACUAUUUUCUACAUUAUGGUGGAAUUAUUAAUUAUAGUUAAAAGUAUAUUAAAAUAAGUAUAUUAUUAAUUGUACUUUUAUGUAAUAAAAUGCAGUAUAUUUAAAAAUCAUUAGAUUACGUGUGAACUUAAUUUUUUUUUUUAACAUGUUAAGACUAUGGUGCAUUUAAUGAAGCAUUAUUCCACUAACUUUAACCUAUCCCACCUUACUCAAGGGUGUAGGUAAAAGAUGGUAGCAAUAUACUAUUUGGUACAUAGUGAAAUAACAUCUCUAGUAAUCACUUUGCCAGUGGCUUUAAACAGCAAAUGAAUUUAAGAAUAUUGUUUCCAUAGGUUAGAUUUUUAUUCUUUUUUCUUAUUGAAAUUUAUUAUUGGUAUUUGUGGGUAUAUAGUAUGUGUAUAUAUUUAUGCCUUAUAUGGCAUAUUUUCAUUCAGGCCUACAAUAUGUAGUAAUUACAUUAGGGUAAAUAAGGUAUCCGUCACCUCUAACAUUUAUACUUUUUAUUACAAACAGUGUAAUUAUAUACUUUUAGUUAUUUUAAAAUGUACAAUUAAAUUGUUAUUGACUACAGUGUUAUUUUUAUGGUCAUAAUAAAAAUUAUACAGAAAUAUAAAUAGAAUAUGACCCAGCCCAGUGGCUCAUGCCUGUAAUCCCAAUACUUUGGGAGGCCAAGGCAGGUGGUUUCCCUGAGGUCAGGAGUUCAAGACCAGCCUGGCCAACAUGGUGAAACCUCGUCUCUACUAAAAAUACAAAAUAUAGACAGACAUGGUGGCACAUGGAGGCUGAGGCAGGAGAAUCACUUGAACCCAGGAGAUGGAGGUUGCAGUGAGAUGAGAUCCUGCAGCUGUGCUCCAGCCUGGGUGACAGAGUGAGACUCGAUCUCAGGAAAAAAAGAAAUAGAAAUCCAUAGAAAAUCCUGAAAAUUUAUUAAAAAAUAUUUGUUAUAUAGUUUUCUUUGAACAUGUGGUCUCUGCCUGCAAACAUAGACUUUUAGUGUUAAUUUGCACAGGGUUAAAUAUACACAUAUCAUUCUGAAGAUAAACCUUAGGUGUAAGAAAAUUAUGAAGUGAGUGUUUGUCUAAGUAUGAGUUUCUGCUUAUUUUCAGAAGAAAAGAACAAUUAUUGGAACAAAACUUUAUUUUCAUUAGGUGACUAAUAAAAAACUAAACACCUCGGGAAUGCUGAAAGCAAAUCUAUACUUUCUGCUUUGUCUUGAAUUUAUUAACGUAAAAUUUUGUUGCUUAUGGUUUAGAUUCUCCCAAGAAUCUCCCUAUUAAAGCACAGGCAACUUAGUAUCCAGAAAUAACACUCUGGAGUACAACAAUAAAAGCCUUCUCAAAACAGAAAACAAAUAAAUCUUUUUAACACUUAUUUUAAUGAAAAUUCAACCAAAAUUGAAUAAUUGGAUGUAUUUUUAAUGUUCUAUAUGUGUGUGAAUGUAUAAAAUCACGCAUAAAGGAUAAAUAAAAGAAAAAUGAUGUUAAUAUUUGUAAUGAAUAAAACUGGACAUUUGUUAAUUAUUAUUUGUAGAGGAUAUCUUUUUUUAUGUGGAUAACAAAAGUAGCAGAAAGACUUUUUUUCCCAAAACAAUAAAUAGAGGACUCUAAUGAGAAACAUUUAAUAAGCAUUUAAAAGAAACUAGGGUUACUCUUUAUGUUUAAAAUAUAUGCUAUUAUUACACAAAAUGAAACUGUUGUAAUCCAACUUUAGAAGCAAAGAAUAGACUUAAAUUGUUGAACAUAGAAAAAAUUAUAUACAUAUAUAUUUGGCAGAAUAGGGUUAGGCACUGUGAUAUGUGAAACAAAUAUUAGGAAAUAAACUAUGUUAUUCUUUAGAUAUAGUCUGAAGAAUGUAAAUGAAAAUUCUGUAAUUCCUUUUUGCCUGCAACAAACUUGAAUUUAU